AUUAGUUCAAAUGAAAAGUUUAUUCGUUACAAAAAGUAUUUUACGCAUAAAAGCAAGCUUAGUCAAUUGUAAUUCCUAGGCUUUAUAUAAUCUUUGUGUUGUGACAAUUGUUCCCGCUCUUUUUACGAUCCGAAGAAAUUGUAGACGCAACAAAUUCAACUGUUUUAUGACGAGACAGGAUGCAAUCAAUACACGUGGUUUCACAAUUAUGCGACUUAAAAGAUGCAAUCUUUCACCUCGACGUACAGUGGACAAUGUUUGCGGAGCACGAAAUCGGAUUGCUGGUUCGAGCCAUUCGCCCGAGCAAAUCAAUAUCAUCGACUGGCGACUUCCUUGCGUUCGUACGUGCAAUCACGAGAGGCACAUACUGCUGCGACGACCUCGAAUCAUCGUACACAUUAUUCGAAAAAAAGAAAAAAGAGCUAGCCAUUCUCUGAACUUUGGAACCACCGUUCGGACUCGUCGAGACAUCGGGGGUUCCCGUUGGAACCGGGCCACCCCAAAACGCGCGUUCGCCAGCGACCCGCCUUGACAUUCACGGGCUUUUUCUGCGACACACACGUAUUUGGGAGAAGGGG